UGCAUACACUGAUCAUCUAUGAAGUUUUAGGAACUUUGAUUUUGUCCACGGUGGACCCAGGAGUGGCACCACUCUUGUAGGACCUAUAUUGUACAGGCAAUGAAUGAGCUGGUCAUGCCUCCGAGGUCAUUGCCACGACCACUAUAAAGUUUCUCACUUGAAGAUAUGUUUAAUUCACCUUUAUUGCUCUUCAUCGUGGUUAGUGGCAACAUCCUCGGGACUGUCUCUUCGGAGGUAUUGUAGUACUUAGACAAGCUCUCACAAUCAAGAGUUAGCUGGCGGUAUAAGUUACGUGUGUAUCACGACAUUAGUCUGGUUUGAAUAGAGAUUCACGGUUGCUUGUCUGUGCGAUGGCUGAAGCAGCUCCAGGAUGUCCGACUGUACACUGGAAUGGUGUGGUAGAGAAGAGCAUAUCUGCGCCUAUUGACAAGGUGUGGGACGUGGCGUCUGACUUCCUUAGAUUCCCGAAUCUGCUCACAAUUGAGCCUGUAGAAGGGGAGAACCGAGUCCCAGGGUGCACUAGGAAGGUUACUAACCUCCCCGGCCGCACAGACACCGAAUCCGCCCAGUGGGCGAAGCAGAAGCUGGUGGCGAUCAACCCUUCGGAACACGUAUUCUCUUAUGAAUUUCUUGAGAACAAUACCGGUGUAGAUCCCGGCUAUUACUCCACUUUCCAGGCCAUGCAGGAAGAAGAUGGGAAAACUCUGGUGAGGUGGGCUUUUCGGUUCAGCCCAUCUCAAGCUGGUAGUGACCGGUUUGUGCCCUUCAUUAUGAGCGGGACCAAUCUGUAUGUCCAAGAAUUGGAGAAGCUCGCUGCCCCAGCGCCCCCAGCUUCGGUACUGGUGUCUUGAUUCAUCGACACACUGAAGUAUAUGUGAUCUAUUAUAGAAAAAAAUUAAUCGAACAUCCUUCAUUUCAUCCUUGCUGAACUUUCAAGAAUGCUAGAUGCUGUAUUAUGGGCCAUGUGGAGAUUAGUAUAGAAUACUAAAAAGAUGAGUCAGAAUAGACUGACUGUGGAUUGAGGGAAGACUAUUCGAGGGGUUAAAAUUUGAGGUAGAGCUGUUCAAAAUGGUUUAGAAUGAAGUGUUCUGAUGGCAUUUGGGACUGUUGAAGAUAUUGUAUUUCGCAUGUAGGGCUGCAAAUUACCGAAUAUAUUAAUAUCGCUUUGGUAGUAGAGAGUAUUGUUCAACCUUCUUAUGAGCCAGAUUUACUUCAUGAAGAUGGGAGGAGACGAAAAAUUGUGCAUUUACCAUCAAAAA